AUGACCCAACCAAACCACACAACUACAUGGGAGAAGAACAAGGAAAUCGACUUCAAUGCCCAGGAGCCUUUCGCACCUCAAAGCCUAUCCGAUAUCCGAAGCCACCGUGCACCCAAUCGCUCUAGCAGAUUUUAUGAGCAUUCCCGAGCCCCCUCAUUCUUCGACAGGAAGAAGAAGAGAACGAGGACCGAGAAGGCCCUUGAAAAAAUCCGAGUCCAGAACAAGAGCAUUGCCAAGAAAAUGAAGCUUCCUCUGACCUUUACGCAGCUUUACACCCGGCUGCGACUCCUCAGUCGGUGGUAUGAUGGGGACAUCUGCCCUGAGAAUCUUCAGGAUGUGUACUAUCGGGAGUUGAGAUGCCACAGGGAGCAGAUGAAAUUCGUGAGGCUGGAUAGGAAGAUUGAGAGGGCCCUUGCCAAUGUGCAUGUGACCGAGCCGCGAGGAAAGAUUGAGGAGAUGCAGAUUACCCUGGGCUGCUUGACUAUCAUCUCGGAGGAUGAGACCAUGGAUUGA